AUGACGUCUACGGGGCGAAUGAAAUACUCAGCAGAAGACCUGGAAGCCGCUGCGCGCGCGUAUACCGCGGGCGCCAAGAACACCGCGUUUAAGAAUGGCCUGGUAUAUAAUCGUGAGGCAUUGCUGGCGAAUGUAAACGUCAUAUACCGGGCCAAGUACAAUGCGACGCGGAGCACCGGCUUCCUUACGAUACGAUGGGUAUCAUGCUUCUUUAAGCGUCAUCCGGAUUUGUCGCUUCGCGACAGUCAGUUUAUUAAGCGUGUAUGGAACGAAGCAAGCAUUGAAGGUCAAUCGCAAUUCUUCGACGAGUAUUUGAAGCACAUCAUCGGGCGCAAUGCAAGACUGAAUCAAAUGUUUGACAUGGAUGAGACGAUGAUAUUCGAGAAGAGCAAACAGACGAAGGUGAUCGUGGUGAAGGGCUCGUAA